CUGGCUGGGGAGCUCCCUGGCUCUCCAGUCCUCUCCAGUUGGCUCGGGCCCCCGCCCAUCCGCUUCUCAGUACAGUACCGCGGCGCGGCACCGACCGAGACCCAGGACGAGAUGCAGCUGAGGGUGGUUGUGACUUUGCUCACCGUCUUGUGCCUGCUCCGGGACAGCCGGCAGCGGCCCAGGAAGAACUUGUCCACAAAGAAAGUGACUGUGGGUAUGAUUGAAGACAUCAAGAAGCAGAUUGCCCACAUUGUGGAGGAGGUGAACUUACUGAAGGAGAAACAGGCCCUGCAUGCAGUGUGCCUCCGAGGAAAGAAAGUGGACAACAAGUGCUACUUGCCGAUGAGUGGAGAAAAGACAUUUCACAAGGCAUAUGAUGACUGCAUCCUACAUGGUGGGACCCUGGGUUGGGCUGAGGAUGAGGAGGAAAAUCAGGCUCUGCUCCAGUAUGCCAGGAGGAAGGUGGGAAAGAACCGCAACAUCUGGAUUGGAGUGACAGACAUCACGGUGGAGGGAACCUGGGUGGAUAUGACGGGUGCACGGGUCAACUACACCAAUUGGGAGACUGUGACCUCCCAGCAGCCUGACGGCGGCAGCAAGGAGAACUGUGUGGCACUCUCAGGUCUUGCCAAUGGCAAGUGGCUUGACAAGCCCUGUCACUUUCAAUACAAUUACUUUUGUCAGUUCAAUAUUCUUUAAGUUUUCCUGGUUAGUCCAGCUUUCUGCCAGAGCUCAGCCUGACUUCACUCUGCUGCUGAUGCUUAUGUUUUUAUUUGCUUGGAGAUCCGGCAUGGAACAAGCUCUGUGAGCCAUGGUACCCAGCAAACCCACUGAUUUAACCUCAUCAUGGGGGAAUUUACAAUGACCAAUCAUCCCACUAACUGGUACGUCUUUGAACUGAGGGGGAGCUGGAGUACCCAGAGCAAACCCAGGCUCACAUGGGAAGGAAUAUACAAGCUUGCUUGCAGAGGCUGCCGGAAUUAAACUCAGUUGCCCUGAGCUGUAAUAACAUCACACUGAGUGUUUAUGCUACUGUGAUUCUUCACAGAAGGUCUCUUGUGAUGAGUGCAGAGCAAGAGGAUUUCAUUGACCAUUGAAUGUCACCCGACCCCCCCCACACCCCGUCGUCCAUCGGUGCUUGUCUAACUUGCUCAUUUCCCUGGGUAUUGGUGAAGAUGUAUACCCUGGACUCAGAGUCAGCAAUGCCUUACACUAGCGAGCAGCCAUGUGUGGGCAUGAAGCUCUUCCCUUCCUCUUUCCCCACGCUACAGACCAUCUGCUGCACAGGGAUCAGGACAUGAGCAAAGCCAGUGUGGGUGCCGACCCACCUUUGUGCCUCAUGUGACUUGGUACUACACCCAGAGUCCUGGUACUCACCCCCCCCACCCCACCCCACCGUGUCCCCAGUGUGAGGUUUACUGUACUACACCCAGAGUCCUGGUACUCACCCCCCCCACCCCACCCCACCGUGUCCCCGGUGUGAGGUUUACUGUACUACACCCAGAGUCCUGGUACUCCCCCACCCCCGUGUCCCCGGUGUGAGGUUUACUGUACUACACCCAGAGUCCUGGU